AUGAAAUGCCCUGACCUAAAAAAACUCAUCGAAGGCGACACGUCCUUGCAGCUGAAAAGAAUUCGUAUACCAAAUACGAAUCACAUAAUCUACUGUGAUACAUCAACUUCAGAAGUUCGACCGUUUAUACCGCAAGCGCAUCGCAGAUUGAUUAUCGAGAAAAUGCAUUGCAUCGCACAUGGUGGUGUGCGCGCAACCACCAAACUCGUCAAAGAACGCUUCGUAUGGCCAAAUAUGGGUAAAGACAUCGCCAAGGAGGUACAACACUGCCUAAGCUGCCAAAAAGCUAAGGUCAGCAGACACGUUCGCGCGCCAGCACAACAAUUUUCACUGCCCGCAUGCAGAUUUGAACACAUCAAUAUCGACCUCAUUGGACCCCUUCCGCCGUCGGAUGAGUACCAGUACUGCCUUACAAUUAUCGACCGGUACACGCGUUGGCCUGAAGCCGUACCGGUGAGGGACAUAUCAGCAGAAACAGUCGCCAGGAAACUCGUAACAGUUUGGUUUGCAAGGUUCGGGAUACCAGCACGCAUCACUACCGAUCAGGGAAGACAGUUCGAAUCUCAACUGUUCAAUGAGCUGUCUCGCAUGCUGGGCAUAACCCACCUGCGCACAACAGCAUACCAUCCACAGGCAAAUGGUAUUAUCGAGCGUUGGUACCGCUCUCUGAAAACAGCGAUUGCUUGUCAUGAACGCCAAGACUGGAUAAAACGUCUACCACUGAUCCUGCUAGGCCUACGCACAGCUUUUAAACCCGAUAUUGGGACAACUGCUGCACAACUAGUUUACGGUACUACAUUGCGGUUACCGGGGCAGUUCUUUAGCGAAACUCAGGUAAUUCGCCCACAAUCAGAAUUUGCCAAACAACUCGCCGACACAAUGCAGAAAGUGCGCCCUACUCAAACCGCAAAUCACGAUGCAUCUAAAACAUUCGUAUUCAAAAAACUCGCGGACGCAACGCAUGUGUUUGUACGGCACGACAAGAUGAGGCCAGCAUUUCAACCAACAUAUGAUGGUCCAUACCCCGUAGUCUCAAGACAUCCAAAGCACUUUACGGUACAAAUCAACUGUAGCAACGUAAAUAUCUCCAUAGAUCGACUAAAGCCAGCAUUCAUCGAAUUCAGUCAACCAGACACACAAUCAUCAGCAACGUCGACUCAACAAAAGUGUAGUCAUCCAUACGAAGUACCACCGAUAGUAGAUCAAACUCAUUCGAAUGAAUCAUCAACGACAACUUUGCCUCAACAAGAUUCAGCAUCAUCGUCGGCGAAAGCAUCGCCAUUUAAGCAAACUACUUCGCCGGAGCCACAAACAAAUCGUUCUGGACGCAGGAUAAGACUCCCCGUCCGUUUCAGGACUUAA